UUCUGUACACCGACCAAUCAUCAAUGAUGUCAGAGUCAAAGUUAGGAGGAUGGUCAGAUGAGGCGCCGGUCACCUUAGAGGUGCUAAAAAUCUGCCUUCAGGUGAGGGAAAUCAUACAGGGGAAGAUUCCUGUCAAUUGUGGUGAUUUCAUUCCUCUUACAUUCAGAUAUCAGAUUGUAGCAGGAACAAACUACUUGGUCAAGGUGUUUAUUGCUGGAGAUGAGUGUGCUCAUGUGAUGAUAUUUCAAGAUCUUCCCGGCAAGGGAGGAAAACUGACUGUGCAAGAUGUCCAGUUUCCCAAAAAUUUUGAUGAUCCUCUGAUGCCUCCUAAGAAAUGAGCAUUUGCAGAAUGAGUGUGUGUUAACUAGUGUAAGCACAGACACAUUGAGUGAUCUGCCAUACUGUAAAGAGGAACUGUUCAAAACUGUUUCAUUCCUCAACAUUAAACUCUCAACUCAACUCCUGCAGUGUCUGUGCAUUUACUGUUGAU